GUCUGUGCGCUCCUGCGCGGUCAGUCUUCUUCCCGCCGAACCCGGCGCGCGCGGCCGCGAUGAGCUGGGAGUUGCUACUGUGGCUGCUGGCGCUGUGCGCGCUCGUCGCGCUCGUGGUGCAGCUACUGCGCUUCCUGCGGGCCGACGGCGACAUGACCCUGCUGUGGGCCGAGUGGCAGGGGCGACGCCCAGAAUGGGAGCUGACCGAUAUGGUGAUAUGGGUGACUGGAGCGUCGAGUGGGAUCGGUGAGGAGCUGGCUUACCAGCUGUCUAAACUGGGAGUGUCCCUUGUGCUGUCCGCCAGAAGAGUGCAGGAGCUGGAAAGGGUGAAGAGAAGGUGCCUUGAGAAUGGCAAUUUAAAAGAAAAAGAUAUACUCAUUUUGCCACUUGACCUGACUGACAGAAGUUCCCAUGAAGCCGCUACCAAAGUGGUUCUCCAGGAGUUUGGUAAAAUCGACAUUCUGGUCAACAAUGCGGGAAGAUCCCAGCGUUCUUUGGGUGUGGACACCAGCCUGGAUGUCUUCAAAGAGCUGAUAGAACUUAACUAUUUAGGGACGGUGUCCUUGACAUUGUGUGUUUUGCCUCACAUGAUCGAGAGGAAGCAAGGAAAGAUUGUUACCGUGAAUAGCCUCCUGGGUAUCAUAUCUGCACCCCUUUGUACUGGAUACUGUGCCAGCAAACAUGCUCUGCGGGGUUUUUUUAACUGCCUCCGAACUGAACUUGCUACAUACCCAGGUAUAGUUGUAUCUAACAUUUGUCCAGGACCUGUGCAAUCAAAUAUUGUGAAGAAUUCCCUAGUUGGAGAUGUCCAAAAGACCAUAGGCAUUGAUACUGACCAAUCCCACAAGAUGGCGACCAGUCGUUGUGUGCGGCUGAUGUUAAUCAGCAUGGCCAAUGACUUGAAAGAAGUUUGGAUCACGUAUCAGCCUUUUUUAUUAAUAACGUAUUUGUGGCAAUAUAUGCCAACCUGGGCCUGGUGGAUAACCAACAAAUUAGGGAAGAAAAGGAUUGAGAACUUUAAGAAUGGUUUGAUUGGGUUUGACCUGAAUUUCUACCAUAUUAAAUGUCAAAACAAAACAGCACAAAGUUUGAAAAUACUAUAAAAUUUAAUAUUUCAAAUAAAUAAAUAUACAUUAUGCAACCUUCAACAGGAUCUAUUAUCGUCACAUAAAAACACUGAUAUGUGUGUAUAUCUUCUAGGAAUGUUAAAAUUACAUAGUUGUUGACUUCUAUAAAGCAAGCCACCUAUCACAUAUUUAAGAAAGCAUUAAUAAAUUCAUUACUUAAUCUCA